GUUGCCGAACCGUUGUAAACACCUGUUUCUCCCCCGGGUACUACUUCUGCUUCACUUCCUGGUCAGACACCGCAACUGAUGGUUUCGUAGUCGCCAGUGGAAGCUGUAAAUGUAGACCCUUACUGGGGAGUCGAGAGCUAGAGGUUGUGUCUGAUGUCGACACGACGAUCAUGUCAUCGGUAAGAAUUGACGUUGCACGUCUAUCAGGGGAGGUGAGCAAGUUGGUUCCAAACGCAACUGUCAACAGAUAUUGUCUAACCCGCCUUGCCAAUAGAAUCUCCAAAAUAGCAUCGGUGGUCAUUAAGGAUGAUUCAAGGCGGAUAGUCCUAUCCCCAGAUGAAGCUGAAAGCCACCAGCAAGCGCUACGCGAGUUCCAUAGCCUUCUUGAAGGGGUUCAGGACUACCUGACCAUUUUCUCCCAAGACAUCCAAAACGUGGCACCCAUCUUGGGUCCGGAAAACGUCAGAUCCGACUUCGACGCGUUUGGUGAUCGGCUGCGUCGGCUCUUGCCAAGAUUAGUGCUCGCCCUUAGAGAUGAAGAGAAGACCGAGAUUGUGGAGGAGUUUUCAGAGAACAAAAUGAAGAAGGAAGAUGAGGAAGACGCCAGAGCAGACCGGGGUGAUGUGGAUAAUACGCCUGUAGAGCCUGGAGGGGUUGAAGGUCAACAACCAGGCGGAGGCAAUGUUGUAGCUUCCGAGUAUGGAAGGCCUGUGUGCGCGGCUCAGGACAACCCCCCUUUCAUCAGUAUAGAAGAUUUGCACUUCAGCCCGGUCCCUGAGAACGAGAUACAGGGAAGCGAGAGGAGCGAGCUGGGCAGUGUCUACAGGGGUGCGUACAUGAACACUCCAGUCGCCAUCAAGAAGCUGCAUGUACGGGAUGGUGGACCCCACUAUGACCGACAGGACAGCCAGACAUCAGCCAUGGAUCUCCGAAGUGAGGCUGAAGUUCUCAUGAAAUUCCAGUCCGAAAAUGUUGCAGCUACCUCCUGGUGA